GCUGUCAAUCUGUGAGUAAGGUCACGGUCCUGUAAGUGGAAACGUUGUGUAAAACGAAGCCUGUUUCAUUGAGCUGCAGAUCAUGGAAUUUCUAAGCAGGGAUGAAGGAGACCGACACUGGGAUUUGACAUUUUGAAAAUAAAUUACGUCAUGGAUAUAUUUUUACCUUUAUAAACCGUCCGGUUUUAAUUUCGAUGACUUCAGUGGACGGGAUGUAAGACAGGCUGCAAUCGACUACAAGCUAAGGGAAAAGAAAUGGCAUUUCGAAAGAUUAUUAGAGGAACUAUUUUUCUCGGGGGUGGUACCCUGACAAUUUUGGGUGCCUCCCAGAUAAUAGACUGUUGGUCAUAUCGGGCUCGCCUCUCUUGUGUUCAAGCAUCAGAACAGUUGAAUGGAAAAUAUAUUGAACAUCAACUACCGUCAAGAGAUUCUCAGCUAUACGCCUUAAAGACAGUGAAGGAAUUUGAUAUCCUUGUUAUUGGGGGAGGGGCAACCGGAUCUGGAUGUGCCCUAGAUGCUGUUACUCGAGGUCUCAAAACUGCACUAAUAGAGAGAGGGGACUUCUCUUCUGGGACCAGUAGCAAAAGCACCAAGCUUAUUCAUGGAGGAGUGCGAUACCUACAGAAAGCAUUCAUGAAUUUAGAUUUCGAACAGUAUAAACUCGUGAAAGAAUCACUCAUGGAACGUGCUAACUUACUUGAGAUUGCCCCACACAUUGCAAAACAGUUACCAAUCAUGAUCCCUCUUUACAGGUGGUGGCAGCUUCCUUAUUACUGGGCUGGGAUAAAGAUGUACGAUUUUAUGGCUGGAAGUCAGUGUUUGACAAACAGUUAUGUCCUUACCAAGUCAAGAGCUCUGGAACUUUUCCCCAUGCUGAGAAAAGAUAAGCUGAUAGGAGCUAUUGUUUACUAUGAUGGACAACACAACGAUGCUCGAAUGAACCUUACUAUCGCUCUGACUGCUGCCAGGUACGGUGCUGCCAUUGCCAAUUACGUUGAAGCUGUGAGCCUACUGAAAACCAGAGACCCAGGCACCAAUAAAGAAUACGUAUGUGGAGCUAGGUGCAGGGAUGUUGAGACAGGGGAAUUUUUUGAUGUGAAAGCCAAAUGUGUUAUCAAUGCUACAGGACCUUUCACAGAUUCAUUGCGUCAAAUGGAUGAUGAGAACGUGGAAAAAAUUUGUCAGCCUAGUUCUGGUGUGCACAUUGUCUUGCCUGGUUAUUAUAGCCCUGAAGCCAUGGGACUGCUUGACCCAGCAACUAGUGAUGGCAGAGUUAUAUUUUUCUUACCAUGGGAGAAAGUGGUCAUUGCAGGAACCACUGACACUGCAACAGAGGUUACAUCUAAGCCCAAGCCCCAUGAGGAGGAGAUUAAUUUUAUUCUCAAGGAAAUACGGAAUUAUCUGAGCUCCGAUGUUGAAGUAAGAAGAGGAGAUGUACUUGCAGCCUGGAGUGGCAUUCGGCCACUGGUAUCUGAUCCCAACUCAAAGGAUACCAAGUCUAUCUCUCGCAGUCAUGUUGUGACAGUAACUGAAAGCGGACUAGUGACUAUUGCAGGUGGUAAAUGGACCACUUAUCGUAAAAUGGCAGAAGACACUAUCGAUGCUGCUGUCAAAGCUUGUAACCUGGAUUUUGCAGAACCAUGCAAGACAGUUGGACUUCUUCUAGAAGGAUCCCAUAAGUGGACUCCUACACUUUACAUUACUUUGGUACAAUACUAUGGUCUGGGGUCUGAGGUUGCUCAACACCUUUCUUCUACAUAUGGGGACAAAGCUUUUCAGGUUGCUAGAUUGGCUCAAGUUACUGGAAAGAGGUGGCCUGUAGUUGGCAAACGUUUGGUGGCUGAGUUCCCAUAUAUUGAAGCAGAGGUGAAAUAUGCUGUGAAAGAGUAUGCAUGUACAGCUACUGAUAUCCUCGCUCGCCGUACACGUCUUGCAUUUCUGAAUGUGCAGGCUGCUGAAGAGGCCCUUCCACGCAUUGUAGAAAUAAUGGCUGAAGAAUUGAACUGGAGUGAGAAGCGGAUGCAGGAUGAAUUGGCGGCUGUUCGAGACUUUCUGUACCAUGAAAUGGGUUACAAGACUCGAUUUGACCAAUUGAAAAACACAGAAGUAACCCUGUCACCUUUAGAUGUGGAUAAGUAUACAAAGAGGUUUCAGAAAUUUGAUGAGGAUCAGAAGGGUUUUAUCACAAUGCUUGAUGUUCAACGUGUGUUAGAGAGUAUUGGUUAUCACGUGCAUGAACAGACUCUCUAUGAAAUCUUACACGAAGUUGAUGUAAAUAAGAAUGGGCAGGUAGAACUAAUUGAAUUCUUGCAGUUGAUGAGUGCAAUCCAGGAUGGUGCAAUAUCUGGAAGCCGAUUGGCUAUUUUGAUGAAAUCUGCGGAAGAGAAUCUGAUUAGUGAAGACCCUAUUCCUGUGCACCGCAGUGGAGGGGGCUUGUGAGUCUUGCUCCUUAACUUGGCUAAUGGAGAAAGCAAGAGUUUCUGUUGCUGAUGCCUCUGCUAGCUCAAAGCUUGUUGCAGGACUUUGCAUUGUUUGGGCUUCACUCCUGUUGAACUUACAAGGUGCAUGAAAUUCUGUAACUUCUGUCUCAAGUUCUUUUCUUUCGGCCAUUGUAUUUCACAGCAAUCUGUUUAUUGCAUUAUAUUAGUAAAUUAUUCAAAUAUAACAUAUCUUUAUAUUUGAUCUAAAUUUUGAUAAACUGUAAAAUCUUUUAUAUUUCAACAAAUGAGCUAAUGAAGUAUGGAAUAAUGGAUCAUGGUGCAACAUUUAUCCUCCAUCCUGGUUGGGAAAAGGGAGAGUAUAUGUCUGUGCCAAGAUGAUAAUUGUAAAGUAACUUAAAAAUGUCUUAAAAAUGUUACAUUUGACAGGCAUUCUUUCUAGUAAAUAAGUUCUCUCUAUUAUGCUCCUGAAAGAUGUAGUUUUGGUAUAGUAUAAUCCAUUUGUACUGUCCUUUUCAAUUGCUUGUUUACUACACAAACCUGAUAACCCAAUGGCUUCAAGUAUUUCAUUUUGUAAUCAACAGUUUUCUCAUGCCACAAUGGGGUUUAUCAAAGAAAACCGUACUUGUGUUAUUCAUAUGUCCCACCUCCAAAUCUUCAAUUAUUUCUUUCAUACUGAUUGAUUAGAAUUAGUGCAAGUAUAAUGUUUAAUGGUAGGUUUAUUUGGAGUGACUGAUUUUUCUGGCUAUAUGGGUUAGAUUUUCAUCAUAGGUUUUAGAAUCACGUGCUGAGCCGUUUGAUGACAUUGUGUUCCUGACAUCUAAGAGAAUGUCCUUGAGUCUAUUAUUUUCACACUGUGGAGUUGGGGUUUGAGGACUGGAGUCAGGGCCACUGCAUCCCUUAGCAGUCCUAGGGUAAGAACAAACCAGCAUGAUCAAAGGCCAUCUUCAUUGACUGAACAUUAACCCAAUCUAUGGAUAUCCAUUAGACCUGAUAGCCUUCAUUCACCAACACACCCCCAAACCAACAGCAUUGUCCACAUUUCUUUAUUAACCCCAUAUUUCUUCCAUAUACUCAUAUCCCCUCCAAACCCCUCAUGACCCACCAUACUCAGCCAUUAUAUCUCGUGCCCCCUUCAUGUUCCCACUUUUUCCACUGUUGAUACUACUGAUGAGCCUCCUAAUAACACUGGAAAAUCUUUAAAAUGUCAUGAAAUUUGAAAGAAAAUCCAUUCAAACUGUGUUUGAAGACUUACUUAUCUUAGAAAUUCAGAACAGGAACUAUAAUUUAGAAGUAUUCUCUACUCUAAAACGCUCAUAAAUUUGUCAGGAUAAACCCGUUCUGAAAGCUUGUUUGUUUAUCUUUUUAUCUUCUUAUCCAAAAGAAGCCCCAAGCACUCUUCACAGCUGUAUAAACAACUCCUGCUGAGCUAAAUCUAUUUGCUAUGGAUUUAAGCUUAGCCAUGCAUUCGUUAUAAAAUUCUAUUGGGCAACUGAAUAAACAAAAAUUUCACAGCUCAAUACAGUUGGUUCUUUGUAGCCACCCGAAUCAAAGAAAUUUGUUCACAAAUUACAAAGACUCUGCAAAUGCCUCAGCUUUAAAUGAACGUAAGUAUCAAAACACACUGUCCAGAUGGCAUGAUAGAAUCGAUUUCCAAUACUUUUGAACGUAGAAGGGCAUUUUAACUACUGGGUAAUGUACUUGAAAGCAUCUGAAUGCUUAUCAAUUUAAUGGUCACAUCUCUUCUAAAGGUACAGCUCUAGGAAAAAUGAUAUCACUGCAUUAAAAAAUAUAAUGAAUUUCAUACAGCAUUACAUCAUUGUGUUUGAAGUUGCUGAGGGCUAUUAAACUAAUUGCCAAAAGGUUCCCAACUUCACUACAGGCUUCCGCAAGACCCACAACCUGACUGAUCUGAUAUGUUUCACAAAGGCUUUACAAUCCUACCCACCUCGCUGAAGAUGCAAGGAAAUUCUCAAUUCAGACAUUUAAAAGGUUGAUGCUGACAUCACUCUGAGUGAGAGUUGGAUUGUCACUUGCCACAUGUCCAGCACUGAUCAAAAUGUGAGUGGACAGGAACUGGGUGAAAAAUACAAUUUUAUGUGCCCAAUUGGAUUCCCCCAGACUGGCAAAGUCUAAAACUGGAUUGUAAGCCACUGCCUUUAUGUCACAACAACUUAUUGAAGGAGAGGUUUCUCCUGUCAUUCAGGCAGGUUUUGCAAACAAAGAAAAGCUAAUUUUACGGCAUAGUUUUCUGUGCCUUAGGAGAAACAGAAAUUUUGCUUUGAAGUUUUUAAAUGUGCUAACCCCUUGACUGUUCUAGUGAGAUACCCAAUGAUUAUUUCAUGAACAUUUCCAUGAAACCUGUCAGCGUUCAGCAAUUUUAAAAUUGGGUCUGUUCUGCUGGAAAUUCUGUUAUGCAAUUAGUAGCCAUUGAAGGUAUAUUGGAGGCUGCUAGCAAAAAGUUAGAUCAAUCAUUUUAACCCUACCUUUGUGUCAUCUUCUUCCAUUGCAAAGUUUUAGCAGAGACCCAAACUUUUCAGUGAUUGAUUCACUGUGUCUUGGCACUUGUCAGACAUUGAAGCUUGGCACAACAAUUAAAUGAGGCCCAAAGCCCACAACCUUCAGGCCAAAUGAUUCAGGAACAUUUCAGUCACACACGGGUUGUACCCUGGUUGACUGGCUAAUUUCUCACUCAAUUUUCUUUUAGAUUUUCCACUAAAAUUGUGAAGUGUCACUCUCUUAGUAUAUGCUUUUAUCAUGCUGAUUUUACUUUCCAUAAAUUAUGAGUGCUCGUUGACCCAAUUUAUUCUGUAAAUUGGAAUAACAUUGGCAAGUGCAGGAAAAAGACUGUAAGAACAUGAAAGGUAUUUCAAAAGUUAUGAAGGGUUGAAUGUUGGAGGCACCAAAAGGUUAGGCUGCAGUCAGGUGCAGGAGUGUUUGCAGGCACACAGUAACAUGGUGAUUUCAUUAAGGUCUUACAGAAAGGAUGGGGGCACAGACUGCAACUUUGUAAACCAUUAUAAUAUAGAGAACUGUGGAUGCUGGCAAACUGAAAAAAAAACAAAAUGCUAGAGAAACUCACAAGGUAUGCCGCAUUUUUGGAGAGAACUAAGUUUAAAGAAGGGUCAUUGGACUUGAAAAGUGAACAUUGAAAAUAUUAACUGUACUUCUGAGGUUUUCCACUUGCUGUGAAAGCUGCUUCUCCACAUAAAUGCCACUUUAAAUGCUCAGCUUGCUAACCUUUUAGGACCCCGGUUAUCAUUCAUACAGGUAGUUUCUGCCUGAAUCCAUUAGAUACCUCUUUCAGCAUCAUUAUCAGUGAUGUUGAAAUCAGGGAUUGGUGGGAACAAAGUCAAAAAUAGAGCAACUACAGUUGGACUGCUCUUCUACUCCAUUUCCCCAGAACAUGAAAAGUUAAACUAAUUCCUCCCCAACAUUACAAGCUUCAUAUGGCAAAAUACUUUACACUGCACUUAUAUUCCUAUGCAAUUAUUUAUAUAGCACAAUACACACAUUACAGAGUCUGUGGGAGAGAGGCCAAAGCCUUGUCCUCCAGUGGGAUGGGAUUUUGGUCAAGGUGACAGAUGCUGAGUACUUACAUACUUAAACUUCACUGUUUGGAGAAUGUCCCCAUGUAUCACUGGAGAACAUCAUCUACAGCCUGAUCGUGCUGUCAAACAUGAUUCCCAUAACACCCCUGUGACUUGCAUAUAUAUCUAGUCCACACUAGCUACUUCUUACUGCAGCGUCACAGUUGCUUGUUAUUACCCUGACCGUAAGAUUGUGGAUGAGAAAAACAAGUUGGUUAAAUAUUAAUGUUUAGGGCUGUAUCAUAAAGUACAAAUACAAAGAAAUUACAAAUCAUAGUGUACGUAGGAUUGUUUAAAUAUGGUCACAAUGGACGUGUUUCUGUAUACUUCUGUGAUUCAUAUUGUACAAUAUCUAGUAAUGACUAACCUGAAGUAAUUCAGCUUAAGCUUCAUAUACAACUCACCGGAAUUAUUUGAGUUAGAAAGGGUAUUACAUUUAUAUUCCGUGAGAGGCUUUAUUGAAAAGCCCUUCAUUCUUUCCGUGUUUAUUUUCUUUUUGGGCACACACAAUUUUGUGUGAUCAUAGCAUUAAAGACUGCAGAAUUAGCCUUUCUCAACACAACACACGAAAAGAACCAACCGAAUCAACCCAGUUGCCUCCCAACACCUCCAAUACCACAUCCUCACCAUAUCUCGCACCACUACCAAAGUUAUCCACUCACUUCUAAUUAAUGUUAAUGCUUCAAAAGAAUACUUAAAUCUGACAGGUUUAUUUUAGGUAUUUUCCUUGACUGAAUUAUUCAUUGCAAUGUUGGUACAUUGGCAUGUUGGUCUCUGUUUCCCAGGAGUUGCCUUUAUUAUUUUUGUAAUUAGUGAUCAUUUUAGUUUUGUUCACAUUUGGUAGAAUUCCCUUAUGUUCAAAUUGUGUGUUGAACUUUAUUAUAAAUAUUACACUUAAAAGCAAGAAUGCAUCUAUAACAAUUUCAAUGUAGUGAUAAGGUUAAAUGUUCCUUUGCUUGAUUCAGCAAUACAAGGCAAUACAAUUUAGAAUAUUUUUAUCUGAGCACAAAUUAGCAGACACACUACUAUUGUAGAUCUUCAGGAAAAAGUUUGUUUUGUGCUCAGCUGUCAACAGUUGGCAAACGUAUCAAUGCAUAAAAGAAUAUUUGGAUAUUCAUUAACUGCCGCUUUUGUAGUGUGAAACUUCAUUGAUGAUGUUCCAAUUUCUCUGAAUUAUGCACAAAGCAAAUGUAUACCCUUCAGAGUUCUGUUUUAUGUAUGUAAGAAUUUCCAUGCACUGCAUCUAGUGAAGUAGUAAACAAUUUUACGAACUUUCAUUAAGUUUAUAUACAUUAGGAAUAUAUUUUUAAAAUAUCCAUGCACUGUAUUUAUAUCUAUGUUUAAUGUUAUUCAAAGUACAAACACAGCUAGUGUUUGUUACUCUAAAAAUGUGGACCAUUCAUUGCCUCUUAACAUUAAAGUAACUAAGAAAUAGUUUUUGAACGUGCGGGACACUUUUCGGCUCAAGUUAUUUCAUGAAGUUCGUACAGCUGUUGACUUUCAAUUUUUUCCAGAAUCAAGUUAAUUGUGCUGCUGCAUUUGUAUUUGUGCACAUUAAAAGAGCUUCUCAUCAGAAAAAUAAUGGUAAGACAAAAACCAGACUGCUCAUAUAUUCAGGAUUCUAAACAGAAAUGCAAGUCAAUAAGUUCCAUUUACAAUUUAGUCUUUUUUAUACCAAAACACAAAUUAAAAACAUCAUUUUUGAAAUUCAGGAAAAAGUGUGUUUUGUACUUUGAAUUGUGAAUUCAUUUCACACUCAUAGUCACAUGUUGUGAAUUCUAAAGGCACAUUCUUCUUAUGUAGAAUGUAUUCCAUAUGAUAGCACUGAGGAGGAAAUUUAAUAUGAAGAAGACCUUAAAACAAAACACAUAUCAGAUUUUAAUUACGUUUUACUGGCGACAAACCGAAAAUUUUGUUUGUGGCAAAUGAUGCAGAAGGUCAAAAUAUCUUUACACAUGGCUGUUCUGUAGAAUUUUUGUUAUGAAUAAAGCUGUUAACACCGUGUUAAUAACUGUUUUAACUUUUGUAUCUUUUUAUUUCUAACAACUAAAACUGUGGGUGAAUAAAUGGACUGAGCAUAAUUUUGGAAUAA